AUGGCCUUACCUCUCUCCUCCUUGCGGGACGUGGCUGCAUCCAGAUGGGCAAUGGUGGAAAGUAAACUGAAAGUUGGCACUACUCUAAUUCUUGACCGUUGUUCUUAUUCUGGGGUGGCUUUCUCAUCUGCCAAAAGAGUUGAUGUCGAAUGGUGUAAGGCCCCAGAAUUUGGGUUGCUAGCUCCAGAUUUGGUACUCUACCUUGACAUACCACCAGAGAAAGCUGCUGAAAGAGGAGGCUAUGGAGGUGAGAGAUAUGAUCACCUCGAGUUUCAAAAGAAAGUAGCCCAAUGCUAUCAGAUCCUCUGUGAUUCAUCUUCCUCAGAAUCAGAGUAUAUAAUAAACGCCUGUCAAGCCAUAGAGGAUGUCGAGAAAGAGCUGCAAGAUAUUGUUCUCGAUCAUGCCUUGACUUGCCGAGAAGGGAAACCCCCCUCCCUCCUUUGGUCACAUUAG